CCGUCCGGAGAGCCAGACGGGCCAAGGCGUCACCAGCUGGGCAUGGCGGGAAGGACGGCUGUGGUGUAGGCGGCCUUGUAAAUAUUCGUCUAUUUUUGUCCAGUCCAGCGAUUAGCUAUGCAGUUUAAUUACCUUUUACUGAAGAGGUGACCGCGGGCGCCAGAAGUGACCCGGAGUCAUGUCUAUGACCCCUCCCCCAACCCCUCCGAUAGGGGUUGAGGGGGGUGAGGAUGGCCUGCUUGAUGGGGAUGGCAUGGAGGGUGACAGUGAGGAUUUCCUGGACUUCAUCCUGGCAGACCCAGGACCUCACCCUGUUCUUGAUGAGGAGGAGGAAGAUAAGACCCAUAACCACAGGGAGGAGCCAGAAUGCUUCUGCUGUGAGGGGGAGGUUCACUGGAGUGCUGAGGUGGGCAAAGAAUCCUUUCUGGGAAGGGGUGUGUUGGCCAGACUCCUACAACGUCACAAUCCUUGUCAUGCUGCCGCCCUCACCUCACCCAAGACUGUAUUCCACCUGCCCUGCACACCUGAUAACCUCCAGCUACACAUCUCACACUUCUUUAUGGCCCUUAGGCAGUGUGUGGUGGAGCUAGAGAAGGGUGCACAAUCCAGCUUCUCCAUGCACCACUACCCUGGCACCCCCACCAGUCCAGUCUCACCCUACCCAGGGCUUCGGCAGGAUACAGCCACCUUCCUCAGUGCCCUCACUUCCCUGGUGUAUGGGUUGGGACCUGGGGAGGAGGAGUUCCUGGGGAAGGUGAUGCAGGAAGUGGUGCAGACACUGGUGUUCCUGGGUCCCCUCCACCAACUGCCUCACCAUGUCAUCACUGCUGCUUCACCCCAGGGCAACAAGUGCCCCUCAGCCUCCUACCACCUGCUCCACCUUCAUCUGGAUGUGCGGUGGUGGAGUCUGGUCCUCCUUCACCUGACAGAGCUCUCACUCGGGCCCUUGGCUCCACAGCUGCCUCCUUUGCUACAGGAGCCUCCCAGACCUCACCAGGGAGCUGCAGGUGGCAUCAGGGAGGAGGCCCACCAGCCCUCCCUGCAGCAGUGUGUCUCCAUGGUGGUGUGGGACUUGAUCACCCUCAUGAGCAGGGGUGGCACCAGUCUCAAGCAUGGGGUCAGUGAGCUCCACCAGGACCCAGGAUUUUCAUGUGGCUGUGGCCUGGAGUUAGCGGUGAUGGUGAAGCACUUCCUUGACUACCGCAACGCCCGCCUGGCCCAGCAGACCUUCUGGGAGGAGGUGAAGGACAAGUUGGUGGUGGUACUGAAGAUAGUGAGUGAGUCUUCCUCCUCCUCCUCCUCCUCCAAUAGCCCAACCGCCAUCCCCCCUGGCCCCAGCACCCUCCUCUACCCCCCACCCCUAGUCUUCACACUCCAGCUGCCUCAUGUCUGGUGGGUCUUCCUCAUCUUCACCAAGCUGCACACCUAUGAUACUGAAGGCAGGAGGGUGACAAACAAUGUGGAGGCAAAAAGUGAGGUCAAGCUGCUCCGUACUCUGCUGCGUCUGAGUCUUGGGGACCCACGCAACGGAGCCAAUGGCAGUCAACCCACGGAGGCAGAGCUGCGGUUUUUUCUGCAGUGCUGCCUGGGGGUGCUGGAGGUGUGGGGGGGAAGCCAUAGCAGUGAGUGGGCAGCCCCUCUCUGGGACCACCUGGCUAAGCACCUUGAUUCCUCCUUCCUCCUCCCUGGGGCAGGACUAGAGGGCUUGGCGUGUGUGAGUAAAACAAUCAGAGGUUGGCUGGAGCAGGUCAGGUCUCGGGUGUGUGACCCAGCAGCUGUUGGGAGGUCAGAGACUUCAUGGCAGAUAUUUCUCAGGAUUGUUGUGGGCGUAGUGAAGUGUGGUCCUCUGGAGUGGCGGCAAAUGAGGGGACGCAUCUACUCAAAAUUCCACGGCCGCAAGAUGUCUGAGUUGACCCCCACCGGCCUGCACAACACUGUCUCCCUCUUCCUUACCCUGGCUGCCACAACAGACACACUUGAUGUUAUCAACAAACUUGGGGAGUUGCUGAGCCUCGUUCCAACUGCCAGUGUCAGCAAGUCACGUGUGGUGUGGCGCGGACUGCUGGCUGCAUCGCUGCUGCUGCUGGAGAAAGGCUGUGAGGUUGCCUCGCUAGGAGAGCGUCUCUCCUCCCUCAUAACUGCAGCAUGUCAUGCUCACACUGCCACCAGGGACCCCCAGCACAAGAGGGAGUUGGGUCAGCUGCUGAUUCUGUAUGCCGAGGGGGUGCAGGAGGUGUUUGAACACAGCCACAACCUCAGUCUGUCCCAGCACACCCUCAUAUGCAGUGGCGUGGCCAGUGUGCUGCCAGGUGCUGGGGCGGCCGAAAUCAAGGUCACCCUGGGAGCCAUGGAUGCAGUGCUGACCAAGGUGCUGACCCUCUGUGCCAAACCAGAGACCAUUGUUGCUGGUACGGUGGGGGAGGCAGUGGUAGAGGCCGUGUGGAAAGAAUAUGGUCCCUUCCUGAAGUCCCACGCCACCACCCUCACCCCUCCACAGACCUUAUCCUCCCUGGCAGCCUCACUCACCCUCUGCUUAUCCCAGAAGGUCCUUGGUCAGGCAGCAAGUAAUAGAGAAGCCGCCUUAGGCCUUUUCCAUUACUUUCUUACACAUGAAAAUGUCAACCCUGGAUGCAGCCUUCAUUAUGCUUCCUGUCUCCUGGCUCAUCCUGGCAGCCUUGCAUUACUAGCCAGCCUCUCCCCUGCCCACGAGAGGCUGCUGGUAUCCUGCUGGCUCUGUGGGCUGGUGGGCGUUGGGGGUGAAAGUGAGGCUGUGGAGGCCCUCACCCCACAGAUAGUGACCCUUCCUAGUGUAGCAGAUUUGCUGCCUGUCAUCCCUCCUGCUGACCCCUUCGCUGUGGCUGCCUGCUUCAUCAAGGCAGUGGCCACCAAAUUUGCCACAAAGGAGACAUUUACUGAGAGGAUAGGUUACCGGGAGGAGAUGCUGCAGUGCUUCUCUGGGCUGGACAAGGCUUUUGGGAGUCUCCUGAGGAAGAGUCCUCCCCCCAUACACCUGCCCCAGGCACUGAGCAUUGUGGCCAACCUUUUCUUCCACGCCCACUCAGUUAUUUAUGUCAAGUCCAAGCCUGCCUGUCCCAUGGCCACACUGCUGACCACUGUCCUGCUGCCCACACCAAUCUAUUCACCGGAGAAGCCCUUGUCUGCUGCAUUCACCUCAAGCAUCUCAUCCGUCCUGCCUCGUAUGGUGUGUGGGAUGGCAUCCCUGGGGCUGACACAGGACCCUUACCUGAUGAGGAGCAUGAGAGACAUUUUCACCCACUACAUCCACCGUUUCCCUGUCAAAGCCACGCGUGGCCACACCACCACCACCCAUCCCUUCCUGGCCACACUCCAUUACAGUGGAGUGCAGCCAUCAGUCCUGGAGGAGCUGCGCAAGGUCUUCCUGGAGGUGGUGCGGGACAAUUACGUGGCACGUCGUGGCACUUCAGCUCUGUAUUUGCAGGUGACACUGGCAUUGCUGGUGGAACUGCUGCAAUGUAACACUGUAGACUGGCUGGAGGCAAUGUGCUCUGUCCUGUUGCUGCCUCUACUGGAGCUUCUAUUAACCCUAGAGGAGCAAGUCACCAAGAGGCUGGCCACAGACCUCCUCCAAAAGGUGCUGCAGGAGGCCCAGGACAGAGGUGUUCCCCAAAAGGAUGUGUUGGUGGGAAGGCUACGGGAGUUGGUGGGGCGACACGUGUCCUGGAGCUCCAGCCGGCUGUUCCGGGUGCUGCGUGUGGUGGCAGUGCUGCACCGCCCGCUGCUGCUAGAAGCUCUCCCCCAUGUGACCAGAGCAGUUGUGCGCACUGAGGAAAAGCGUGGCACUGGGCUAGACCACACACUCAGGCAAGGAUACAAUGCCCUUCUGUCCAGCCUGGGUGUGACGGAGGAGGCGGCAGCAGCUUUGCAGAUGCAGUGAGGGAACUGAACACAAGAUAACACUGACGAAGAAUGCCGCCUGUCUUCCUGGAAGCUUGAUGACAACCUUCAUGGCACCUGAUCUAGUAUGCACUGAUUAGGAAAAACAAUACCUCGCCCAUAUUUCUUGUUCACUUGUGCCAAUACAUUACGCCAGCCAUUGCCCGUUAGUGACGACACAUAUUCCAGCUCACAGGGUUCCUGAUCAGGUGUUCCCUUGUCUCUUCAGUUACAAGUUGCUCUGGUUUUGGAGUCUAUACCAAAUGUAUUAUCGGGAAAAAUGAAUAAUUAACUCCUGACACAGUAGUGCAGACCAUUGGACUACAUGAGGCUGGGCACCACACAAAGGAAAUGAUUGGGCAAGUUGGUGUUUUUGAGAACUGAGUGAGACACUGCAAGGAAAGCAACAGUGUAAAUAUGCUCAGUCACCACACCUGGGUAAGCCCAAGCUUAAAAAUAAGAUGCCUUAAAAAUCAUGAAAGUCUUCUGGAGAUUAUUAGAAUGUGGUUUAGCUGUAGGAAUAUUUACACUGUCGCCAUCUUAGAAGUACCUACCUAAAUGCUUACAAAAAAAACUCGCCCAACUUUUCAAUUUGGUACCCAGCCUUAUGCAGUCUAAUGGUAAUGAUUUUGUUAAUGUUUUAGGUGUCAAAAACAUAUUUUUGUCCAUAAUGAUUGGUAGUCCCCAGAGAUAGAGCAACUUGUGACUGAAAACAGGAGGGAGUGCUGCCCCACAAUAAAUUUGCUCAUUUCACAAACUUCAAGAGCAUAAGAGGCUGUGAGAUGAAGGAUGUGAUGUCUCGACAAGCAUAAUGCAUUAGUGCAAAUGAAUAAAAUGAAUGGGUGGGGUCCUGUUUUUCAUCAUAAAUGCAUGCCAGGUUUGGUAUGCAACACUUUUAUGAUGACUAGUGCAAGAUACCAGUGAUGGAGGCCAUAUUGCAAUAAUAAAGAAGCUAGUACACAUUCCAACUGAAAGGCUUGCCAUUGCCCUAUUCUCAUGAGAUGACUCAUGUCGACAACACUUUUUCAACCAACACUCACACCAUCUCUUGCACACACACAUACACCCCUAUCGUACGUAAGCUGUAAUCUAUGGUGAAAAUGUACAUAGCACUGUUGUAUAUUAUACAUAGGAUAUCUUUUAUACUACUACAAAAUAUACUUUCCUGUAAUAAA